UAAAUCGUCGUGUAAUUCAUUUUUUGGGACACGACUCACAAAGCAUGGGGCCGAUCAAUGUGCCUCGGUUUAUUAUUCUCGAUACAUUGUCAAAACGGAAUCCUCUUGAUUGGUGGAUGCAGGUAACGCUCGUUUCUCUGACGACUCUAUUCGUCUCUGUGAAACUCGAUGGAAUAACAGCAACGGGUUACGACUCCUUCGGAACUUCGAACAAGCCUGACGCGGUGCUGAUCAAUUUUUCGCCUCGAGUGAAUUCUUCGAAAACUCCGAGGCAUUUGUACCUUCCGAACGGAGACGAUCAGCAUCCGUUUGUUCCGGAAGUAAUCGACAAUCGCGUGAGAUUAACGAACAGUGGAUUCCGGCCUUUCGUACCGUCGACUUCUUCCUUCGCCGUAAACGCCUCACCGGAUGCUCCGCUACGAACUCAUCCGUCGGCACCGACCGAAAGCCCCUUCCGAAACAAUUUCUUCCGUCCUAAUACAUCGCCGAGAAGUUCUACCUCCAGUUUCGCCGGAUUCACCGGAAUAUCAGGAGUCUCGCAGAUCGAUCCCGUGCCCAAAGAAUUCAGCGAUUUCUAUGUCCAGGUGAACUCGAUGUCGUGCCUGAACAGCGGUGAUGAUCUUUUCUUCCGAGUUUCAAUGAGACCCCCUCGAGUCACCGAGCGACCGAUUAUCGACGGAGUUGUCGCUGACGCCUGUCGCAUCGAGAGAAUCAACGACGAAUACAGGAUCAACUUUGGACAUGAGUUAUUCUGGGCUUGCGGCGUUCACGAGUGCUCCAACGAUCGCGAACGUUAUUACUGCUUGAACGUCCGUUUUCCGGCCAUUUCCGGCCUCAGGCUUAAAGAAGAUCAUAAAGUCACUUUGAGAUGCAAGACUCAGGAUAAAACCGCCUCGCACAUGAAACAGGUCAACGUUAAAACUCUGGAUACAUCAGGCAGAAACACGCCGAAGGUAGAAACGGGUGGUUACAAAAAUGUUUUCGAGACGGAAGUUGGCCUCUACCGGAAGACGUUCGGCUCGGGUCAUUUGUUCGAUGCUAAAAUACAACCGGGAGGAACCGUUAUUCUCGGAGAGGAAGUUUUGUUGCGAGCUUUGGUGAGAGAAGGGGACGGCUGGCGGUACUCUAGGAUCAGUGACGUCACGGUACAUUACGUCGAAAAGGCGAGUCGUACGAAAAUAAUGAACAGUCUAUGGAUAUUGGAUGCCAACGGGUGCUUAAAUCCCCAAGUAAAGGAGAUUUGCUCGAGAGAACAGUACCGAGUCUCACCGUUGGAGACUUAUCUCAUGUUCGAAGCUUUUAUGUUCGACAACAUGAAAGCUACCGAUGAGAUGGUGAUGAAUGUCCGAAUAACCGGUUGCCUGGACGGUGCAGAUUGCGCUCUUCAUUGCCCUGCAGGACACUCGCGAAGAGUUCGAAGCCUCGAAAAUAAAGGCACCCAAAAUGAAACGAUCGAUUGGUCAAACGAUAUCACAUUCAGAGUUGUACUUCCCGAAGAUCCGGUCGUGAAAAGCUCUCCGAAGUCGAUUGACACUCAUCUCGUUUUACCUUACAUUUUAUCCGCCAUUGUCCUAAUCACUAUAAUCGCCUUGUUAGCCACUAUCAAAAUCUUCAAGCGCCAAAGGGUCAACAAAAUUUAAGACCUUCAUUUUUACAUCUCCUUUGUACAUAUAUCGGUUACGUGACGAUUUUGUUUUCACGACAUUUUCAAAGGCACUUGGACGGUCGAAAAUUCAUCAUGUUUGCGAAAAUAAAUAUGAACAAGUUUUUUGUUUUCGUAUCGCAGACAAAUUCUCGAAAAAACGUCUCAAUGGUUUUUUCCCAGAGAACUCAACUUCAUUUGAUGCCAGUGCUGAGGAAAAAAUUUUAUUUGUUGAACUAAAUUCAUUUUAAUUGGACGAAAAUAUCGUGAAUUUAACAAUAUUUUCUUUUCAGAUAGCGAAUGAUUUAGUUGGUCAUCGAUCUCGAUGGAAUUUCGCUCGAUGAACAAUUUGUUUUUGCCAACAGACAAGCACAUGUUUGUAGCACAAAGUGAUUAAUUCAUGCGUAAAUAUCCACCCAAAUUUUAUCCAAUUAUUGUGAAUAUGAGCAAAAUUGAAUUUGUUGUUGUAUUUGUUGAGACGAAAAUUCUUUCCUCGAUAAAUAAUUAUUCGACAAAACGAACUUUAUUUAAGCUCUGAAUAAUUUCGUUUUUACGAAAAAAGUAAAUUAUGACGAAUGCUUAAUUUUUACAGAAUUUCAAUGUAUAAAGAGAGAAUUAUUGCAAUAAAAAUUGACGUUGCAGUA